UUAGCAUCUCCAGCUGGUUUAAGAAACCAGCGUUGGAGAUGCUCUAAUGAGACUUAUUAUGGAGAAUGCAUUCAUUGAUUCAUUACACUGUGACUGUGAGUGUGAAGGAAGUAACCAAACAAAACCCCCAUUUCCCCUGUACUGGCUACAGAAGGAAUCGACAUGGCGAACGAGAAGACGAACCCCACUCUACCUCACGAGUUGAUUGCUGAAAUUCUGCUUCGGUUACCGGUGAGAUCUCUUCUGCGCUUCAAAUGCGUUUGCACAUCAUGGUUCUUUCUCAUUUCUGAUCCCCAAUUUGCUGAAUCCCAUUUUGACCUAAAUGCUGCACCCACUCACCGUCUUCUUCUUCCAUGUCUGGAUAAGAAUAAACUUGAAUCCCUUGAUUUAGAGUCUUCAUCACUUUUCGUAACCCUCAAUCUUCCGCCUCCAUGCAAGUCUCGUGAUCACAACUCUUUAUAUUUCUUGGGUUCUUGCAGGGGCUUUAUGCUUUUAGCCUAUGAUUAUAAUCGACAGGUUAUUGUGUGGAAUCCAUCUACGGGUUUCUAUAAACAAAUUCUAAGUUUUAGUGAUUUCAUGCUAGACUCACUCUAUGGUUUUGGGUAUGACAACUCAACCGAUGACUAUUUUCUAGUUCUUAUAGGGCUCAUUUGGGUGAAGGCUAUAAUUCAGGCUUUUUCUGUGAAAACCAAUUCAUGUGAUUUCAAGUAUGUUAAUGCUCAAUAUAGGGAUCUUGGAUAUCAUUACAGACAUGGGGUAUUCUUGAACAACUCUCUUCAUUGGCUGGUUACUACUACGGAUACAAGUUUUUCUAAUGAUACAAGUUUUCUUGUAGUUAUUGCCUAUGAUUUGUUAGAAAAGAGUUUAUCAGAGAUUCCUCUGUCGCCUGAGUUAGCAAAACCUGUGUUAACAGCGGAGGGUGCACCCAAAUUUUAUCACGUGAGGGUACUAGGAGGAUGCCUCAGUCUGUGUUACAAAGGUGGUAGGCGUGAUAGGGCUGAGAUAUGGGUCAUGAAAGAAUAUAAAGUGCAGUCUUCUUGGACCAAGGCUUUUGUUGUGACUGAUUGUGACAUUCCUUGCAUACACUUUUACCCGAUACGCUUCAUUGAACGUGGCGGAGUUCUUGGAUCAAAUGGCAAUGGAAGAUUGAUGACAUUUAAUGCCGAGGGAAAACUGCUUGAGCAUCACAAAUAUGGACAGGAAAUAAAAAAUGUUCGAAAAGAUUUGGCAAUGUAUAGAGAGAGUGAGUACAAAAAUAUUCAAAUAUAUUUUGAAAUGUAUAGAGAGAGUCUGCUAUCGUUCCCUAGUGAACAGCUACACCUUCGUGUAACAUCACUCCCUCAUGGCUUUAAGGAAGCAAAUGAAGUUGAGGAAGCAACAAAAGAUGAGGAAGAGGAAGCUAGUGGGCUGUCACUCCAUAGUGUAAAAUCACUCACUUGUGAAUUCAAAGAAGCUACUGAAGAGGUGGAAGCAGCAGAAGAUGAGGAAGAGGAAACAACUGAAGAUGAGGAUGCAUCUGAUGACAAAGAAGAUGAAUCAGAAGAGGCAUCGACUGAAGACGGGGAAGCAACUGAAGAUGAGGAAGCAACUGAAGAUGUGGAAGCAACUGUUGAUGAGGAAGAGGAAGCUACUGAAGUUGAGGAAGCAACUGAUCACGAAGAAGUUGAAUCAGAAAAGGAAUCAAAUAAAGAUGAGGAAGCAACUGAAGAUGAGGAAGAGGAAUCAAGUGAAGAUGACUAUAUCUAACUGUCCAAAGCAGAAGAAUUAGUUAGCACUUAUGUGGCUAUACAAUUCCUGGCUUUUUUUUAUUUAAUGUUCUGUUUGAUGUUUUGACUUGAAGUUGUGGAGAUAUUGUGGUCCUAACCAUAUGUUAGCUUGGAGAUGGGGGAUAAAGAAAAUGGGUUGAAACUAAUCAAGUUGUGAUAUGAAUUGAUCUUGCGUGUAAUUGAUUUAACCAGUUUGUCACAUUGUACUAGUAUUUGAUAAGUUUUCUUGUCAUAGUUUCAUGAUUAUCCCUAAAGAUACAUUGUAGUUUGUAUGCUUAUGGUAAAGUCGGUGCAAUGGUUGCAAAAACUUUGUGUUUCAGCUCAA